UAUACCUACGUGCGUACAUUUCUAGUAACAUGUAAUGGCGUUAUUUACAUACUAGUUGCUGAUUAUGUGACUGCACGCUAUUUUAAAACAUUACGUAGCCUAUGCAGCUUGUUGCGUGGCGAUGUUUCGUUUAUGUCAAAAAUCUAGAUGUAGAGCAGCUAUUAAAUACAAACAUUUGGUCCAAAAUGAUACAGUUCAGAAGCGAAACCCAGCGCAAUGGACAUGGAGGAGGUUUUUCAACGCUGAACAUAUUUGUCUUGAAUCAAGAGCACUUCCUAUAGUUCAUCAUGUAAAAUAUAUCUGUGAGCUCCCUGAAAACCACAGAUUUCCAAUGUUAAAGUUUCCCAAAAUCCUGGAGAGUUUGCUCAGAGAUCAAGUCAUAACGGAUAAACAGGUGUGGGCUCCUAAGAUUGCUUCUGAAGAGCUCCUGAGAUGUGUGCACACUGAGGAGUACCUGUCCAAGUUUAUUAGUGGAAAAAUCAAUGAGAAAGAUCAGAAAAGGAGCGGAUUUCCCUGGAGUUCUGGAUUAGUGCAACGCUGCAGAUAUGAAACAGGUGGGACGUUGCUGGCGGGACAAAUCGCUCUGCAGAGAGGAUUGGCCUGCAGCACAGCCGGAGGAACCCAUCAUGCCUUUCCCAGCCACAGCUCGGGCUUCUGCCUGCUCAAUGACCUGGCUGUCACGGCCAAGCACUUGAUCUUCAAGCCCACACCCAAGAGGAAGAUUCUCAUUGCGGAUCUGGACGUACAUCAGGGUGACGGCACAGCAUUCAUCUUUAAGGACGAGCCCAGUGUUUUUACCUUCUCAGUGCAUUGUGGGAGAAACUUUCCUUCGCAGAAACAGCAGAGUGAUCUCGAUGUCAGUUUGGAAGAUGGCACUGAAGACAGAGAGUAUCUUUCCAUAGUCCAGGAACAUCUUCCUUGGCUACUGGAGUCUUUCCGGCCAGAUCUGGUGCUGUAUGAUUCUGGUGUGGAUCCGCACUGGGAGGAUGAACUUGGAAAGCUUCGACUCACAGAUGAAGGACUUUACCAGAGGGAUCUCUAUGUGCUUCAGACAGUCAUUAAAAGGGGCAUUCCUGUGGCCACUGUCAUUGGAGGAGGCUAUUCCAGAGAUAUUGAUCGACUGGCACGCAGGCACUCAAUAAUUCACAGAGCUGCAUUAAAGGUUUGGAGGGAGCAUGGACUUUAACUCCAGGAUGGAAAUAAAAUGAGAUUCAAUAAUCAUAGAAGGAAAUAUUCAGUAUAAUUUUGCAUGCAUAAGUAAACUAUGGAGGAUCUUUAUAUACUUGUAAAUAUUUUCUGUAAUUGUGUAUAUUCCCCCAAUAA